AUGGGCGACCUACUCAACUACAUCCUCUCCCAAGACUCUUUCAGAAAAAAUCGUCUCCCCUCACUCUACUCCGACUUCUCGAUCCAAAAGAAGACGAACCCCGACGGGUACCACGUGAAUGUUGCAGCAUGGGAGCAAGUGUUAACGAAAGCCGCGCACAACGGAUAUAUCUCCACACAUUCACACGAUGCGACGGGGCAGCGGCGCAAAGCAAACCACCUGAGUAUCAAGGUUGACGAGAACUUAGUCCGAGAUCUAGAGAAUCCGGAGUGGGGGAGGCCAGUUGCGCUGGGAGCUGUCUUUGAAGAUGCAGUCUGGAACCGAACGAUGGUGCCGGUGCAGUUGUAUAAAGCCAGUGGGACGAGUCUACGGAAACCGCAAUGGGGCCUUAUUGAUACGACGGCGCUUAGCCCGUGGAAUGUUAUGACGUGGGGGUUAAAGCAGAUAAAGGGUUUUGUGGUUGGUUCUGGCUCUGAUGGGCCAAGGUUGCAACCUCAGGUGCUGGUCUUGGUGGGAAAUCUUCAGGAGGCUGGGGAGAAAGUAGUCAAGCAGGCAAUUGGAUUGAAUCCUUCGAAAGCAGGUCUUGUUUAUUCGAAAGAAAACUUUGUGGAAACGUUCGGGACGGUUCUGGAUCAGGAAACCGAGUUGUCUGAUACUGAUUUCGAAGUUCUAUUGCUCUAUCUAUACCGUGAUAAGGGUGCCAUUGCCUAUGAUGGCAAGACGGUUAGGUUCAGGCCCUCGAACGACUCUCCAAGGGAAAUUUCCGAACAAGACACAACUAUUGCAUCUAUCAAGACUCUUACAGCAACGAUAACGAAACAGGUUAAUAACCUAGAGAAGAAGAUCGCGGAGCUGAACGCAACUGCAAAGGCUGCUCUAAGCAAUAAAAACCGGGUAUCGGCCCUCGCUGCAGUGCGGUCGAAGAAGCUUGCGGAGCAUAAUCUGCAGCAGAGACUUGAUACUCUCGCACAACUCGAACAGGUCUAUCUAAAGAUCGAACAGGCCUCAGACCAAAUCGAAUAUGUCGCGGUGAUGGAAGCUAGCACGGGCGUUCUUCGAGGCCUGAAUGAUCAGGUCGGAGACAUUUCCAAGGUCGAGGAUGUGGUCGACGAACUGCGCGAGGAGAUGUCCAAGGUGGACGAGAUUGGAAAUAUCAUGGGCGAAGCUGGACCUCAGAUCGACGAGACUGAGAUUGACGACGAGCUCGAGGAAUUGGAGUCCAAGGAGCGAGAAGCCAAGGAAGAGCAAGAGGCAGAGAAGACCCGGAAGCAACUUGCUGAGCUCGACAACCUCGGUCUUGAAACACCGGCCGAACAGAACGUUGACUCCGCCUUGAACGACAGUAUCGAGAAGCUUUCACGGAUGUCCGUUGAAGAAGGUCAAUGA